UCAGCUCAACCGUUUUUACUCGGUACCACCCUGCUCUGAAGGCACCCAGAGCAUCAUCGCAUCUCCACACUCGGCUCGGGCAGUUCAGACAGAGGCGCGCACACAGUAGCCAAUUUCAUCAGUGCAGCCACCAGCGCACAACAGCAGCUUUAGAUCCGAUUGAGCUUCUGACUGCGGAUAGAUCGACUUGAGGCGAAAUUUCGGCGAUCAAGGUGGAAUUCCAUGUGGAACUGCGUCAUAUUAGUGGAAUUUUUCUGAAGUUACUAAGGACCACAGAAAGAUUAACCAAAUCACUCAUCACGCCAAAUAAGUUGGAAAUACCGCCAGUGUUGUGUUCUACCCAGCCCCAAGGACUAUGAAGUUGCUGUGAACUUAUAACAUAACGUGUUUAGAAAUAAGGAAAUAUGUGAAACCACAUAUUAUUUCACUGACCGAGGUGAGGAUUUACUUUAUCUUAAGAUAUAUCUUCAGCUGUCGUCGCCUCUGAAACAUAGUAAUCUAAAAAUACUGCGCUUUUGAAGUUAUCGACCUAUAGCCUGUUUACAUUUUAAUAUCGGACUGAGGAAUCUUACCGAGUUAUUCCCCUCCUCCAUCCCCGUUUUUAACUAGUUUGAAUGCUCCUAGGGGAGAUUCUAGAAACGGAUACCUUGCAUUUUAAAUGCAUAAUAAUUUAUUCGUUAUAAGCAUUUAUACAUAUCCAAUAAAACAUACGUUAUCUGUUGGAAAUUCUACUCCUUCAUUCUUUUUUAAUGAAUCAAACGAGAUUUAUCUAGCUGUACCAAUGCUUGCAUCAACUACCCAGAAACACUUUGGGAAGUGAAUGUGUUGCUAUUUUUAUUUUACGGCUCUAAGAUUUUUUUUUUCACCCAGUGCUGUAACAGCUUGUGAAGUAGUUUCUUUCCUUAUUAGUGAUGUUCUGGCUUGAUAAUCACUAAUACCGAUAUUUUUGGAAAGCUCUCCUCUAGUCAAGUAUUACUGUACAGACAACGGCUCGAAGAUUUUCGUGUGCAUGACUGAAACAAUGGCUUUGAGUGGGAACUGUAGGACUUACCCGCAAACCAAAGAGCAAGGAUCUGUUCAGAAUUCUUUUCCCGAUGUUGUAGAGCUAAAUGUGGGUGGCCAAGUUUAUUUCACUCGUCAUUCCACCCUAACUAGCAUACCUAAUUCUCUACUGGGCAAAAUUUUCUCGCCUAAAAAGGAUCCUUCAAACGACUUGGCACGGGACACGAAGGGACGGUACUUCAUCGACAGAGAUGGGUUUUUAUUUCGGUACGUGUUAGACUAUCUUAGAGACAAACAAGUCGUCCUGCCUGACCACUUCCCAGAAAAAGGCAGACUAAAGAGGGAGGCGGAAUACUUUCAGCUGCCCGAGUUGGUCAAAAUUUUGACCCCCGAUGACCUGAAGCAAAGUCCGGACGACCUUUUUCAUAGUGAUUUCGAAGAAGCAUCCCAAGGGAGCGAUCAAAGGAUAUGUCCGCCAUCAUCAUUAGUACCAUCCGACAGGAAAUAUGGGUUCAUCACUGUGGGGUACAGAGGGUCAUGUACAAUGGGCAGGGAGAGUCAGACUGAUGCCAAGUUCAGAAGGGUGCCGAGAAUCUUGAUAUGCGGGAGGAUUUCCUUAGCUAAAGAAGUGUUUGGGGACACUUUGAAUGAGAGCAGGGACCCAGACAGACCCCCAGAGAGAUACACGUCCCGGUUUUAUCUCAAGUUCAAACACCUUGAGAGAGCUUUUGACAUGCUGUCAGAGUAUGGAUUCCAGAUGGUGGCCUGCAAUUCGUCGGUGACAGCAUCCUUUGUCAAUCAAUACACAGAUGACAAGAUCUGGUCCAGCUACACAGAAUAUGUCUUCUACCACACACAUCGUCCUACUAUUCAGAACCAUGGAGCCAGGGACGGGGGCUGGUGGAGAAUUGGAGUGCUGCAGCUGACACAAAACCUCUGCCUCCCUCAGGCACCACAUUUCUGGCAGCCCAUUCAGAAGAAUUGGCAUCCACACUUUCUCACCCAGACAACUGCGCAGUCUGGAGAGAGAUAUAGGCAGCUGCCUCCUUCCUUGUUGACCAGUCCCAUAUGACUACAGAAUGUUCUCAAUGUGACAGCUUGAAGAAUUGUAUGCAGUAUGUGGCAUUGUAUUACGUUUGAUCACAUGCAAUUUAUAUUUUAUAUUGUUUUUGGCAAGCUUUAUUUUCAGAUCUGUUUCUAGGUUUCUUAUACACUACCUCUGUAAUAGAACAAUAUUAAAAACUAACUUGUGUAUAAAGAAGUCACUGAUUGCUAGAUUGCAGUACCUUGUAUAUUUUAGCAGCUUUUUAAUUUAAGUGUAAGUGAAGUAUUGAAACUACUUCAGUAAAAGACAAUAUUGAUCUGUCCAAAUCUAAGUCACUUAAAUUGGCAGCUAUU